AUGGGUUAAAUUUGCAAAUCUGUUAAAUUAGAUUAGUAGCUAAGUUAAAUCGAAACAAUUCAAUGUUCUGUGCCAAAUGAUGAGGGUGAUUUUUGCAAGCCCGAUAAUCUCCAUAAAUUUAAUAAAUUCUUAGAACAAAGACAUAGGAAUUCUAAUUCUACCAUUGAUCCUCUAAUCAAUGGUAACAUAAGUGAUUUUACUAUUGAUCAAGAGAAUUAAUAAUUUCGAAUAGAAGAAUAAGUUAAAUUAAAUGAAAAAAAAGAGUAUCGAUAUCAAAUUCCUGAAAAUAGCAAGUCAUGUAUUAAGAGUAAUAAUAAAGAUUUGAAAUCAAAUUUAAAAAGUAAAAAAAAAGUAUCGUUUAAUGACUUCGAAUUCUAUAAUUUUUCGAUCAAUCCAAAAUUUAGCUCUUCAUCUUAAGAGAUGAUUUGA